AGUCUCCACUUGUUCAAACGCGCGCGUUGUCUCGGCAUCCGCGAACUAAGCUGCUAGCGCUAUCCAUGGCUUUUCGCCUUUGCUUUUUCGUCUUCCUGAACUUCUUGACUUUCAGCUGGGCUGCACCAGAGGCUCCGGUGGAAGAGAGCCUCAGCGCCGACGACGACUGCUCCGACGCGGAGACCUGCGCGCUGAACGCCCUGCAGCUGAGACGCUGCCCCUUUGACUUCGACCAUGACGUCAAGGACACCAUCAAGACAAUGGCCAAAGAAAUUGACGCCUUGAACAACAAGCUGGUGGUGUUGGUGGCAAAGGCCAUGCGAACCGCGUCCAAGGACGACUUCAGCCAUUUGGUGAAUGCCACCGCCGAUGCCGCGGUCGUGCUCGAGGGAGUGGCGCCCAGGUACAUGACCUUGACCAACAAGACCAGCGCAGUCUUGCAAGAUGCAGGCAUUGAUGUCUACGGCGGCAAGGCCGCGGAGGAACAGGCCUCCCUGCUGCGGAUGCAAAAGUUCAUGUCCGACCACGCCGGAGAGGUCCUGACGAACAUCGCUGCGGCCCGCACCAGCAAAGGAGACACCGGCUUCGCCACGGAGGUGAACACCGCGGCCCAGGAAGCAGGACAAUGGUUGCAGGGCGUGUUGAAAGUGGCAUGGUCGACAGCCACCGACCAGCUGCCGCGGAUCAACAAGUUGGUGGAGGGCAACAUUACGAACCCCUCCGAGAUGGUGACUCAGGCGGCCUGUGCCGCCGACACCGCCACGAGCAUCGCCGCUCAGACGUCGCUCUACGCCGAGAUUGUGCAGGCUGGAACGGACUGCGAUGUCAGCAACAAGACCCUUUUCAACAUCGAGGACUGUGAGUCAAGUGCUCUCUCCGUGCAGACCGGUGUGAGCAAGGUGAUCAUGAAGGGCGCGAGGAUGAUGAACACAUGCUAUGGCCGUGAUUGGUCCUGUGCCGAGAGCAUGGCGGCCGCCACCCGGGACCUGCUGCAGGCCUACACCGCCACCAUCGUCUUGAAAGACUCCUGCCAGUCCAGCGACCCCAUCGCACUGGCUGUUUGUGAGUCGGAGGCCUUCACCCUUUGCUCCAAGCUGGGGGUGGCUGCCGGCUACAUGCACAAGUCGGGCGAGGUGUGCGGCUCUUCCUGCGCGUUGGCGAAGCCGCAGAAGCCGGCGCCAAUGCCAUGAGCGAGAAGUUGAGAGAAGCGGGCCAGGGACAGGCUCCUAAGUGAGGAGGACUGUAAUGAAACGACACCGUAUGCAGUGCUUUGCAAGAUUAGCACCUGCACACACAAAUAGUGAAACAAUAGUUGAACUUCAGCAAAUAGAAUGAAGCAGUGCUCUAAUUGAGGAUGUUGCAUUUUCCAACAAAAUUGCA